AUGUCGUGCCUGUGUUUCUUGAACCAACGCCUUCAGCAGUGCGGUGGAUUUUGGGUCCAUGUGAAACGUGAAAGCAGCGAUGAGCCUUGGGGCCUACAGACCUUGCAUUCCGAUCAAGCAGAUGGGCUGGUGAUCAAGCGAGUGCUCGACACGGGGGCCAUAGCUAAGUGGAACUGGACAAAUCCCGAAGAUCAGGUGGCGUGUCAUCACGCCAUUGUCAGCGUCAAUGGUCGCACCAAUAUCCAGGAGAAGAUGGACGAACUCCGUUACGCAAAAACCUUGAAGAUGGAGGUCUCUUUGAGAUUGUCCCGCGAGGAGACAAUGCUGGCACGCCGGCAUUAUCAAUUCAAGGAUAAGUUCCGGGAGCGCCUGGUGAAAGUCGACGCCGCUCUGAAGGACAUGGGUGAAGCGUCUGACUCACCUGACGGCUGUCCGGUGUGCUUAGAUGACCUGGGACAAGAAGUGCUUCGGCUUCCCUGUGGCCACCGUUUCCAUCGAAGUUGUAUCUCCAAAUGGCUUGCGGGGCCCGUAUCUCCAACUUGCCCCUCCUGCAAGCAGCAGCUGACGAUUCCGGGCCUCGACAACGACCGUCAUGUUGACACGAGCCAGGUACAGGUGACAAACAUGUAA